AUGUUAUUGCUUCUACUGCUAACCGUGCCCGAUGUAGCGGUGGAAAAUAAUGUGAAAAACGAAAAGGUUUCGUGCGAUGGUCUCUUGUUUCACGAUGUUUACUACGACCGCGAGAUUCUUGUUGGAAAUUUGGGUAGACCGUACAAUUUAGUGGUUCAUAAACAAACUGGCGUGUUACUGUUUAGCCACACGGUACAGAAUGGAACUGAGAUUGAUUUUGAAAUUAUGGCAUGCCAUUUUAAUAAGGAACCUAAACAAUGUGACAUUAUUGGAGGCAUACCAGGUGGCUACGCAAUAGCUUAUGAUUCAGCUAAUGAUGAUAUAUAUUUUGGGGGUCAUGAUGGCAUUUACAAAUACAAUUUUUUCACUAAAUCUGCAGAAUUUUUCGAUGAAAGAGGAAAAUCGAUUUGGGGUCUUUUUAUACGAAAGAACUUCUACUACAUUGAAUAUCCAACUCAAAAGCUUUACGUAUACCAAAAUGAUGAUUUUGUCAAAGUAGCCGAAGCGGUGAAUAUAGAAAUUGAUAAUUUCUUCGUGUCAAAAGCAGGCGAUAUUUAUUUCGCUAAUAAAACUGCUCUUUAUAAAGUUGAAUCAGUAGGUAGACGUACAGUUGUUCUUAGUGAUGAAGUGAUGGUUCGACAAAUUGCUGAUGAUAAGUAUGGUGAUAUUUACAUUUGUGGAACGGAUGGUAUUUAUUUAGAAGACAAACCAUUUAACAGAAUAAAAAGAAUUGCUGAAAUAGACCAUGCCUUUGGAAUUACAUUUGAUGGAGAUGAUAAUGCAAUAUAUGCAAAUAGGAAUACAAUAUACAGACUGCUUCCAAGUAACACAACAGGAACCUGUUAUAAUGAAAAUUAA